AUGAACAUGGCCUCUCCAACACGCUACGCCUACCCCUUCGCCGCUUCCCCUGACAUCAUCCGGUCACACCAGAAAGACGCCUACUUCUCUGGUGUGCUGCUGGACCAGCUAUCGACACUCUUGCGCAAGCUCUAUGGCGCGCGCAUCGCGCACACGUACGCAUCCGAGACGCGAGUCCUCGGAGAGCUACUCUAUCUCGGUCUCACCACACUGAUAGGAAACCGGACACUAGGCGAAGAAUACACAGAUAUUGUUCAGGUGGAGAGCGAAAGCGGACGACUGCCGGCUCUGGGACGGAGAGCGGGAUACAUACUAAGCUGCAUAUUGGGGCCAUAUCUGCUUGGAAGAGCAUUGCCAGCCUUUAGACGAAGAGUGCGCGCAAAACUCGAGGCGAAUCUGCGAUGGUACGCGCGACAGCAAGCACGAGCACAGCAAGAGGCACAGGAGAAUGGGAGCAAAGCACGGAUAGGACGGCCUCUUGGUAUGCGCCUGCAGAACUACAUACUCGAAAACCUAGAUACCAUCACGUCGCCGUCGCCCGUCUACGCCCUCUCUCUGGCGACAUUCUACUUUUCCGGGAGUUACUACCACCUCUCGAAGCGCAUAUGGGGCCUAAGAUACAUCUUCACGCGACAGGUGCCCGAGGGCGAUAACCGCGCUGGCUACGAAGUCCUGGGUGUGCUACUAGUGUUACAAAUGGCGGUACAGGCAUAUCUACAUUUACACAAUACUGUCACAUCGUCGACGGCGGCGGUGGGUGGUGGCCAUCCGCAAGGCACGUCAGCCAUUGUAGGUGGCGGUGCGGAAGUCUCCCUGGACCCCAAUGCCUACAGCGCCAACAACGCGUUGCUGUUCGACGCGGCAUCUGCCCUCCCUACAGCGGCGCCAUCGGACGUACAAAAGUGGACACACACACCUGCGUUGGAAAAAGCAAGAUAUGAGCUGGAGAACGAGGAGACAAUGGAAUGGAUUGGUGGUGGCAAUCGGAAAUGCACGCUUUGCCUGGAAGAGAUGAAGGAUCCGAGUGUGACGACGUGUGGGCAUGUCUUCUGUUGGACGUGUAUAGGGGACUGGGCGCGGGAAAAGCCCGAAUGUCCACUCUGCAGGCAGACGUGUCUAGUGCAGCAUGUGCUCCCGCUCCGAGGGUAG